AUGCGAUUGGCGAUUUCUGAUUUUGAAGGAGACUUUGAAUACGAGUCAGAGUCAGAAGAUGACUCUGAAUCUGAAGUCGAGUCUAAUUCUGAAUAUGAGUCAAAAUCAGAAGAUGAGUCAGAAUAUGAAGAGUCAGAAGAUGACUCUGAAGUCGAAGUCGAGUCGGAAGAUGACUCUGAAGUUGAAGUUGAGUCAAAAGAUGACUCCGAAGCUAAAGGAAAAGUUGUCUCUGAAGAGGAUUCUUCCUCUGAAGAAUCUGGAGGUAAUCCAAUCUCUAUAAAUGAAGCUUUUAUAGGUGGAACUUCUGAAGGAAUAACCUCUAAAGAUAUUGAUUCUGAUUCUGAAGAUGAGUCAGAGCCUGAAAAUGAUUCUGAGAGUGAGUCAGAAUCAGAAGGUGAGAUUGAUUCUGAGGAAGAAUAUGAUUCUAAUCUAGAUUUUAAUGGUGAUUUAGAUUCUGGUGAUCUAGAUUCUGAUGGUAAUUCAAAUUCUGGUGGUAGUCCAUAUUCUAGGAAUAUUCCUAAUUCUGAAGGUGGUCAUACUUUUGAAGUUGAUACUUUUGGAGUUCCAGCAUCUGAUACUGUUCUAGAAUCAGAAGAUUCUGAACAAGUUCAGAGGCCACAAAGAAUCAGAAACAUUCCUAGAAGGUCUGGAGAGUUUGACAUGCUACAUGGCACUAAAAUAACUUCUAAAGGAGAAAUUUUUCAGUGUGCCAUGUUAGUAGACUCUGAAUCCGUAAGUACGGAAGAAGCUCUCAAGCAGAAAGUCUGGCUGAAGAACAUGAAAGAAGAACUUGAGCUUCUGAAGAAAUUUGAGUUGAUAAAUUGUAAAGCUGCGGUCACACCUGCUGAUAAAAAUCAGAAAUUGGAUUCUGAUUUUGAUGGUGAUGAUGUAGAUGCAACAACAUUCAAUUAG